AUGAACAAAGUGUACCGGCAAUUGGUGAAACGGGGAAUGAUUCGUGUAUUUUGGACAAGCGAUAUCUUCGGCCGCCGCCGACCGCCGCCGACCGCCGCCGACACCGGACCGCGCUUAGACAAAGAAUCGCCCAAAGCUGGUGGUUUCAAUCCAGUUCCAGCAGUGGUCGUAGAGGGCGAGCUGUCUGGAUGGCGGGCUGACGGGAUGCUGGGCGGCGGCGGUCGGUUCCCACGGAAAAUUAAAUCACAUGACGGACAAAUUGCAGCCGCGGCGCCCGCGCCGGUCACACGACAUCACUCGACGAUAUUUGAAAUCACCGUGUUACGUUCAUCGGCGCUCUUUGAAGUUCAAUUCGAGUUGAUUUUCCUCUUAAGGAUAAUUGGUGCCGCCUUGCAGCGCGACGCAGGCGACGCAUGCGCUACUACUUGCCUCCGAUGCAAUUUUAUCGUAAUUUGUAAUAUGAAUUGUAACAUCGGU